AUGAAAGUGGGCGAUGGUAGUAGAGUUUCAGCUUGGUAUGAUAUAUGGAAUGACGUGGGUCCUUUAUCGAGUUUUUUGACUCCAAGAACUAUCUCUAAUGCGGGGUUUCGUUUGGAUGCUAAAGUUAAAGAUAUUCAUGAGAACGGUUCUUGGAUCUGGCCGACCGCUUGGAGGGAUACUUAUCCAGUUUUAAUUCAACUGGACCAUUUCACGCUUAAUCCAGAUAUGAGGGACGAGAUGUAUUGGAAAGAUGGGAGUGAACUUCUUCAGUAUUCUUCCUCAAAUGUAUGUCACUCGAUUCGGGUUAGAGAGCCGGAUGUCAAUUGGGUCAAAAUCGUUUGGUUUCAUCAGUGUAUCCCUAAACACGCGUUCCUUAUGUGGUUAAUCGUUCGACGUAAGCUGCUGACCCAGGAUAUAAUUCUUCAAUGGGAUUCAUCUAGACGGAAGAACAUGAACAUGAUGUGCUGUGUGCUGUGUUUCGCGCACAUUGAUUCUCAUAAUCAUUUGUUUUUUGAGUGCAAGUAUUCAUCACAUGUAUGGGAUAAUGUUCGUCACAAGGCGGGUAUGAGUGACGUCAAGGCCAGUUGGGGCGAUAUUAUGGAUUGGCUGCUAGUCCGAGUUCGUUCAAAGACAGCGGCCACAUUUGUUAGCAAGUUGCUUGUUGCUACGGUUGCUUAUUUUAUUUGGCAGGAACGAAAUGCUAGGCUUUUCAGGAACCAAACGAGACCUCCGGAUACCAUUUGUGGCUUAAUUGUGGAAACGAUGCGAUUCAAGCUUAUGGGAGUUAAGUUCAAGGAUUGCGUGAGGACUAGGAGGUUGCUUGAAGAUUGGGGAAUUGGGGGAGCUAAUGUCAUCGAUGAUGGAGGCUAA